AUGUGUCAAGUGUUUGUGUCUUUUAUAAUAUUUCUCAUCAUUUUGGUUUCAAAAGGAAAUGCUAGACCUUCACCUGACCCAUAUGCUGGUGGAGUCAGUAUCAUAAUUACCAAUGGUGGUGAUGAUACAAUUUGGCCAGCUGUGUAUACAGAAAGAGGGGAAAGAGUGAUUCCCACUGGUGUCAAAUUGGAGUUUGGAGAUCAAUAUGAACUCAAGAUCCCUGAUACAUGGGCAGGAACAAUAUGGGCUAGAACAGGUUGCAGUGGAAACCCUAAUAGUACUUUCCAUUGUGCUGUUGGAGAUUGCGGUACCAAUAACAUUCAUUGCCAUUACAGCAAGCCAAAACCUCCUGUGACUCAAGUGAAAUUUGAUUUGGUUCCAAAAGGUGGUUGCAGUUCCUAUAAAGUGGACUUUAGAGAUGGCUUCAGUGUGCCGGUUACAUUAACCCCGAUGGAAACCAAAUGCGCGAAAAUCAUGUGCAUCACAAAUAUGGACGACGAAUGUCCUGAUUGGUUGGCAGUGUAUAGUAAUGAAGGGAGAAAGAUUGCUUGCAAGAGUCCAUGUUAUACUACUGGAGAGCCAAAGGAUUGUUGCACUGGUGAAUAUGCUUCACCUGGCAUGUGUGCAUUGAAUAAGUACACAGAGCUUGUAGAGAAUAAGUGUCCAAGUGUUGUUUCUAAUGCUUUUGAUGAAACUCAUUUUACUUGUUUUGAAGGGACUAGCUUUUUCAUAUUAUUCAACUGA